AUGGCAAACAACACGAUUUCAAGGCUCGAUGCCAGCCUCCUAACCACGGCAUAUACAACCUCCCCACGACCAUAUCCCUCGCCAACUUCUCUUGAAGUUCGAUUACUAGAAUACCACACCGAUCAUAUGAUCAUUGCAUCCUGGAAUGUCCACGCUGGAUGGUCCAAGCCAACCCUCCAGCCCUAUGGGCCGAUAGCAAUGUCCCCGGCCGCAUCAGCUCUGCAUUACUCGACCGAGUGUUUCGAAGGACUAAAACUGUUCCGCGGACCGGACGGACAAGCACGACUAUUUCGCUCCAUCGAGAAUUGUGAGCGUAUGCGUCGAUCCGCAGCACGAGUGGCACUGCCCGAUUUCGAUGCUGCAGAGCUCGAGAAGCUGAUUGUUGCUUUAUGCGCAUGCGAAGCACCCAAAUGGCUGCCACGGGAGGGUGGUGAAGGGGCUUUGUAUAUCCGUCCGACAUUGAUUGGGACUGAUCCAGCUCUCGCAACACUGAGACCGCGAUCUGCGAUGCUCAUGAUCUUCCUGACGGUGUUUCCCAAAGCGAUCAGCUCUAUUACAGGUCCAGAAAAGCUACAAAAGACAGCACAGCAGCCGGCGGCGGCGGCGGUGCGUAGAUCGAUGAAGUUGCUCGCUUCGGACAAAGAACAAGUUCGUGCUUGGCCGGGAGGGUUUGGCAAUGCGAAAGUUGGUGCAAAUUAUGGAACUACGUUGGUAUCGCAAGAUCAGGCAAAGGCUCAAGGCUUUGAUCAAGUUCUGUGGCUGUUUGGAUCAGAACGAUAUGUCACUGAAGCGGGAGCAAGCAAUUUUUUCUUGGUGUUGCGAGUUGACGAGAAGAAAUGGCAACUCAUCACUGCGCCAUUGGAUGAAGGUCUGAUUCUGCCUGGGAUCACGCGCGACUGUAUCUUGCAGUUGGCACGAGGACGAUUACAGCAAUCUGUGCAGGAUAUUGUUGUUGAAGUGGUAGAAAGGCAGUUCACGAUAGCGGAAGUUUUCGAGGCUCACAAGCAGGGGGACAUAAUCGAGGCCUUUGUGAGCGGGACUGCACUCUUCAUCACUCCUGUUGGCGCCAUUCGCUCCGACGGGCAGGAUUUGGAAAUCAAUUGUGAGCCCGUACAUGGAGUGCUAUGCUCUCAGAUCAUCAAAGGCUUGCUGAUCGACAUCAUGUCAGGUAAGCAAGAUGGGCAUGGAUGGACGUUCGUAGUAGACGAAACUUGA